ACCAUCUCACUCUCAACUCUCAGUAUGACAAUCACUUGGGAGACUAUAUAAUAAACACACACAUACUGUCUUCUUCUCCAUGUAGCCAAUCUUAAAUUGCAAAAGCCAUGUCUCCUUUCAUCCUCUACUCCUCCCUAUUAGCCAUUCUCAUCUACUGCCUCUUCAAAUUGCGUGGCCGUACCAAACACCGCCUCCCUCCUGGCCCAAGACCCUGGCCAAUUCUCGGUAACCUCCCGCAUAUGGGUCCGAAGCCACACCAGGCAUUGGCAGGCUUGGCGAGGACUUAUGGACCUCUUAUGUAUCUCAAGAUGGGGUUUGGCGAUCUAGUGGUGGCGGCAUCUGCGUCCGUGGCGGCCCAGUUCUUGAAGACCCAUGAUGCCAAUUUCUCUAGCCGGCCACCCAACUCUGGCGCCAAAUACAUUGCUUAUAAUUAUCAGGACUUGGUGUUCGCGCCGUAUGGUCCGCGGUGGCGUAUGUUGAGGAAGAUCACGUCCGUCCAUCUCUUCUCCGGCAAAGCAUUGGAUGAUUUCCGACACGUUCGUCAGGACGAGGUAGCAGUGUUGACGCGCGCCAUCGCGAGUGCAAACACGAAGCCAGUAAAUCUAGGGCAGCUGUUAAACGUAUGUACCGCGAAUGCACUAGGGAGGGUGAUGAUAGGGCGAAGGGUGUUCGGUGACGGUAGUGAUCCAAAGGCGGAUGACUUCAAAUCAAUGGUAGUGGAGGUGAUGGUGUUAGCAGGAGAAUUCAACCUGGGUGACUUUAUCCCUGCCUUGGAUUGGCUAGACUUACAGGGAAUAGCAGGGAAGAUGAAGAAAUUACACAAGAGAUUUGAUGCUUUUUUGACUGGCAUUUUGGAGGAACACAAGAGUUACAGCGCAAAACAUGUUGACAUGUUGAGUACCUUGAUUUCUUUGAAGGAAAAUGCUGACGGUGAGGGAGGAAAGCUCACAGACACUGAAAUUAAAGCGCUACUUCUGAACAUGUUCACAGCCGGAACCGACACGACAUCAAGUACAGUGGAAUGGGCUAUUGCUGAACUAAUAAGGCAUCCCAAUAUCUUGGCCCAAGUCCAAAGAGAGCUUGAUGAAGUUGUGGACCGAGACCGGCUGGUCUCUGAACUGGACCUUCCAAAGCUCACUUACCUACAAGCUGUGGUGAAGGAAACCUUCCGACUCCACCCAUCGACGCCUCUCUCUCUGCCACGUAUUGCCGCGGAAAGCUGUGAGAUCAAUGGUUAUCAUAUACCGAAGGGUUCAACUCUUAUGGUCAAUGUAUGGGCCAUUUCUCGUGACCCAAAUGUAUGGGCCAGCCCACUAGAGUUUCAGCCGGAAAGGUUCCUACCGGGCCGUGAGAUGGGUCAUGUUGACGUUAGGGGGAAUGAUUUUGAGGUCAUACCGUUUGGUGCUGGGCGUAGAAUUUGUGCGGGUAUGAGUCUUGGGUUGAGGAUGGUCCAUCUUCUAACUGCAACAUUGGUUCAUGCAUUUGAUUGGGCCUUGCCUGAUGGGCUUAAGCCCAAUGAGUUGAACAUGGAGGAAGCAUAUGGGCUGACCUUACAACGGGCCGAGGCUCUAAUGGUGCAGCCCAGGCCCAGGCUCUCUCCCCUUGCUUAUCAAGCCUGAACCCUGAAGUUGGAUGGUUGUAACAACGGAUGAAAUGUAAUAUGAGCAUAUAUAUGAGUAAUGGAAGAUGCAGAGAUCGUCUGAUAUGUAUUUUUAA